CGCGAAGUUUAGGCCGGGGCGGGAGGCGGCGGCGACUCUGCGGCGGGAGCGGAAUGCGCUCGGAAAGGGAGUGUGCCGGAGGCCCCGGGGCGGCCGUUGCUGCGCGGGGCCAGAGCUGGAGGGAGAAGCCGUCGGCUGCGGAAGUUCAGUUCCGCCGAGAGUCGCCGCGGCGAGAGCCAGCAUCGCCGCUGGCUUUGUCCUCCAGCUGUGGGAGCAGCACAGGCAAACCUCGCGAGAAGAGGACAGUCCUGAGCAAGGUGGUGAUCCGGCGCCUUCCUCCCAGCCUCACCAAAGAGCAGCUGGAAGAGCAGCUACACCCGCUGCCUGCACACGAUUACUUUGAGUUCUUUACUGCAGAUCUCAGUCUUUAUCCUCAUCUCUACUCAAGAGCAUACAUUAAUUUUAGAAAUCCUGAUGACAUCCUUCUUUUUAGAGAUCGUUUUGAUGGAUAUAUCUUCAUUGACAAUAAAGGCCUAGAAUACCCUGCAGUGGUAGAGUUGGCUCCAUUCCAGAAGAUAGCCAAAAGGAAGCUAAAGAAAAAAGAUGCCAAAACAGGAAGCAUUGAAGAUGAUCUAGAAUAUAAGAAGUUUUUAGAAACUUACUGUGUGGAGGAAGAGAAAACUAGUGCCAAUCCCGAAACUCUUCUGGGAGACAUAGAGGCAAAGACAAGAGAACUUAUUGCUAGAAGAACCACACCUCUUUUGGAAUAUAUUAAAAAUAGAAAAUUAGAAAAGCAGAGAAUUCGAGAAGAGAAGCGAGAAGAGCGAAGGAGGAGGGAGUUGGAAAAGAAACGUUUACGGGAAGAAGAAAAAAGAAAGAGAAGAGAAGAAGAAAAAUGUAAGAGAAAAGAAGCAGACAAACAAAAGAAAACUGCUGAGAAAGAAGUAAGGAUUAAGCUUCUUAAGAAACCAGAAAAAGGAGAGGAAGCAGCCACUGAGAAGCCAAAAGAACGAGGAGAGGAAAUUGACACUGGAGCUGGACAACGGGAAGCCUGUGUGAGCUGUGCCGUCGUGAAGUCCAGGCCCUGGGAGAGCAGGCUGGAGGAGCGCAGGGAAAAGUCACAAAAUGACAGUGAUAAAGAGCAAAAGGAUAUGGAGAGAAAAUUGCGAGAAAAAGAACUUGAAACACAAAGAUACUACGUGGAUGACAGCAGAAAGCUUAGAGGUCACUAUGAGUCUGACAAGCUUUCAAGAAGAAAUGAAGAGCCGAAAUGGGGGAAAGGAUUCACCCCCGACAGAGGGAAGACAGGGAACCAGGACAGUGGUAUCCCUGUGGAAGCAGCAGAGAGACCAGGGAGAGAGCAGAAGAGUGAAGAUGGCCUGGCACCCAAAAAGGAGCGCGUGGGAAACAAGGACCGGCCGGCCUUGCAGCUAUACCAGCCAGGAGCUUGCAUGAGAGCACGUGAACGAGCUGGAAGAUCAUCUGAGGAGGGCCAUGAUGGGAGGAGGGCUGCCGCAGAAGAUUCAACAGGGGCUGGUGCCAAGAAGAGUGAAGAGGCCGAGUGAGUCAGCUUGCAUGCCGUGCUUGUGACAGGGGUGAGCUCCCAUUCCAGACUCCAUGGAUUAAAAGGAGCAUUCCAGAAAUACAUAAAUUAGCUUGGAAUACAACCAGCAAGGUGAAUUUACUCCCUACAAAGACAUUAGAAACUAGAAAUACAACGGUGGCAUAGAAACAGUCUUUUAAAAAUUUGAGCAUAGUUUUCUUAGAUUUUACCAUUUGUGGUGUAACCAGUGUAUAUCAUUUAGCCAAAACAGAAAAUGAUCUCCUUUGGAAAGUAGAAAAGUGUGACCAAAACAGGGAAGAACUUGAGUAUUGUGUCAGUAUGAAUUCUGAAGCACUUUAAACGUGUUAUAGGAAUAACUUGCAUUUUACAUUUUACACAUUCUAUGGGAAUCUGUAUCAUUGUGCUUCUUGUUGGUUUUAUGUGAGGCCACUCUCAUUCCAUUAUAACCUUUGUAAUUCAGCCACUUAUGCGCCUUCUGUCAUAAGAUUCCAGGAAGUCAAUUGUGUUGUAGUCCCUCUGAUAGGAGACUUAACACUAUGUAAAGCCCAACAGCUUUAAUUAUUGCUCUUUUAACAACUUGGCUACUGAUUUGGUGAAAAUAGUUUCACAGUGUUUUGAUGUAUGUGCUCGAUGAUGGCUUAAGGAUUACUGAGACAACAUAAAUAGCAUGACUUUGGGACAUGGAUCACUUAGGUGCAGCAUCUAGGGUUUUCCUUUUUGUAGUCUGAGGUAGUUUUCAAGUGACAUGGAGCUUUCUGCAACUGCAUUCGACAGUAUUGUUUCCUUUUAGUCAAAUUUUUAAAUGUUAUUCUUGGCACCGUGCUUUGAACCGUUUAUUAAAUAAAAAUUUUAGUAGUUGUGGAUUUGAAGUCCCGUUAUAGUACUUUUCCUACAUAGAAUUUUACACAGUAAAAUUUUGCUUUUUAAAACAUAGUUUUAAUUAUCUGAAUAUUUUGUUGAUUAUAUCUGUUCCUUAUUAAAUAUGAAAUGAUUGUCAAAAAACUAAGAAUUACUCACUUGUCAUUAAAAACAUCUGUGAUUGUCGGACAGUUUUAUGGCAUUGCUGUGUUCUUGCUCUUGACUCCUGAGCUCCAAGAAUUUGGUGGGGGAAGGGAGAGAAGGACUUGCUGUGGACUCAGCAAGGUCCUGUGAUCCAGUGGCGCCAAUCUUGACUGAAAAGGGCUAAAUAGUUUGUAUUUUACACUUCGCAGGCCAUGUGGUCUUUGUUAUACAAUUUACACUAAAUUGCUGCUGUUAGGAGAAAGCAGCCUUAGACAAUAUAUAAAUGAAUGGGCAGGGCUGGUUCCAAUAAAACUUUAUUUAUAAAAACAGGGAGCAGGCCAUAUUUGACCUGUAGAUCAUAUUUGCUGACCCCUGCUUAGAGUAUGAAUCAGACUGGAUCUCAUGAAUAGUGAACUGCUGUGGUCCUCGCUGCUUACUUUGGCUUUGGCCUUGAGAUUUCCAGACCUGAAAGUCUGGGAAGUAGUAAAUCUCAUUUCUAAGGCCCCCGUUUUGGUUCUGUUGGUUUGUUGGCUU